CGAGAACUGCGCACAGCAUAACUAGCACUUAGCCAAGCUAUCUAGAUAACCGCAGUCUUCCUCAACUGUUGGACUGCGAUGGAUGCCCUCGGAGCCCUAGACGAGGCAGCGAGGCCACGGCAUAGCCCCUUCCUGAUAGGGGUCAGCGGGGGAACCGCAAGCGGCAAGUCGACAGUUUGCGCCAAGAUCAUGGAGCUCCUGGGCCAGAACAAGGUGGACCACCGCCAGAGGAAGGUGGCUAUUAUAAGCCAGGACAGCUUCUACAGAGUCCUGACUCCAGAUCAGAAGGCGAAAGCGCUGAAGGGCCAGUACAACUUUGAUCACCCAGAGGCGUUUGACAACGAGUUGAUGUACAAAACCUUGAAGGACAUUGUGGAGGGAAGGGUGGUUGAAGUGCCAACGUACGACUUCGUCACCCAUUCCAGGUUGGAAGACACGAUCACAGUUUACCCAGCAGACGUGGUCCUCUUCGAAGGCAUCCUGGUCUUCUACACCCAGAAAGUGCGCGACAUGUUUCACAUGAAGCUCUUCGUGGACACAGAUUCAGACGUCAGACUGUCUCGCAGAGUUCUGCGAGACAUGAACAGAGGGAGGGACCUGGAACAGAUUCUCACUCAGUAUACGACGUUUGUCAAGCCUGCUUUUGAAGAGUUUUGUUUGCCUACAAAGAAGUAUGUAGAUGUCAUCAUUCCAAGGGGAGUUGACAAUAUGGUGGCCAUCAACCUCAUCGUGCAGCACAUCCAAGACAUACUGAACGGUGACAUCUGCAAAUGGCAGCGCGGGUCCAUUAACGGGCGCAGCUUAAAACGGGCCAUUUCUGAGCAGAGCGACCUGCAGAACGGAGUCGCUAAUCCUCCAGGAAAGAGGGUCCUGUUAGAGCCCAGUUGUCGGCCUCACUGAGACUGUGUGAAUGGAUGUAUUCGGACUGUACGAUACGAGCUUCGAGUUGGGAUUGCUGCUACUGAUCUGUGCCGGAUGGGUCGGCGACUGCGAUGCCGAUUUCACCUUCUGCAGCAGCUUUUUAAAAAAAGGUUACCCACAAAUCUCACAGUGCAAGCAUUCAGUGCUGCAACGUCUUCAUAAUUUUACAGUAAUCAUUGGUGCACAACCAAUAUGCUAAUAGAUAAUGCUUUGUCUUCCAUGACGCGGUUAGAUUUUUCAGUGUUAACUGUGGUUAGAUGACCUGUUACUGAUCUGGAGGGUAAAAUAUUUGAUUUCAGUCAUGCUUUUGCACUUUGACCUUCUAUUUAUAUGUGCAUCUUUGUUGCUUUAAAUUGAGUUUAUUAUAUUUAUUUUAUAUUAAUACUCAUCUGUUGUAGUUGUCUUGUUGCUUUCCCUGUUUGUUUUAAAUCAAAUUAGGACUGGUGGCUGUGUGGUUUAGUAGUGUCACACCUAGACUGGUACAGAGUGCUUCUUUUUUUUUUGGAUUAUUUACAGUCGGAUACAUGCCUUAAUUUUUUAAAGUUCAUUUUCCACUGACCAUUCUGUACAACAAUAAAUGGAAAUUCUAUUAUAAA